UUGACUAUGUGCACGUUAGCAUAUGCUACCUCCGGUGCGGAAACUCCUGUGGGGAGCUUUAUUUCCGGUGUCCUAUUCGCGCCUUGUUUACGGUCCAAAAGAAGUUAACCAAAUGAAUGAAUUAAGCGGCGAUUUACAUUUCUCUAGAUGUCUUGGUCAUUUACCCAAUAUAACUGUAAAUGAUGUUCAUCGACUUGUCGAUAUUUUUUCCCCCGCGCCUCAGAACAAAAGAGAAAAGGGAUUCAAAUUUUAUAUUUGUCAGUAUCUGUAUAAUUUUGAAGUGUCUGACAAAGAUCAGGGCUCAGGAGAGGUGGUGGUCAGGGCAGAGUGCUUCAGGUCUAUGAGGAAAACAGAGAAAUCUCACAAACUCAGCGUGGUCCUAAAAGAUUCGCUGCCUGUGCAACUGCUGCACUUCUCCUGCACGUGCAAGGCUGGAAAAGCUCUGUGCAACCAUUGUGUUGCUCUUCUGUUUCAAUCUGCACACUAUUCGCAGUUGAAAGUCCAAGUCGUUCCCCCGAUAUUGAGCUGCACUGAAGGUGAACAACAGUGGCAUAAGCCCAGAGUUAUGGGGAUAAAGCCUGGCCCUGUUGAGAAGAUGGCUGUGCUCUCAGCCAAACCCAAAACAAGAAAGACCACAGAGGGAGUGCGGAGCAAACUGUACAAAGGCCUUUACGGGGACCUUCCUGACCUGUCGGUUCUGCGGGUAUCUGAAGUGUACCAAACUUUCUCUGAUGCUGACCGGCCGAUGAUUUGUACCAUGGGAAUAAGUGACCAUAUCCCACUUGUGGAGUCACGUUUUGGCAAGGUGCAACAAGGAAGUCCACUUUCUUAUCAGCAACCAUCCAAAGAGAAAGCGCAGACUAUUCAUAAUGCUCCACCUCCACCAUCAUUGCCAUUGCAGGACUACAGACUGAAACCAUCAGAAUGCAUGUUUGUCUGUUCCAGGAAGCAACAGCUGCACAUGAAAAGUCUGGAGGUGACGCUGGAAAUGUCCCAGAGCAUAGAAUGUGCUACGCGAGAGCAGAGUGAGUGUGCCGAUUGGUAUAAUGUACGGAGACCACGAGUGACUGCAUCUCGUUUUAGAGAGAUCUGUCAUGUGAGCAAACCCUCUGAAGAGCUGCUGGCUGAACGCAUCUUAAAAGGUACUCACCAGACAGGCCCUAUGAAGAGGGGUUUAGAGUUAGAGGCAGAUGCGAUCUGGGAAUACUGUCAGAUAAAACGAGUGAACCACUACAAAUGUGGAUUUGUGGUGCACCCAGAUGCACCGUGGAUUGGUGCAUCACCCGAUGGUAUCAUCUUCGACCCCUUGGAGCAACCUCCGUUUGGCCUAGUAGAAAUGAAAUGUCCAAACAUUAAAAGUUAUGUAGAUGCACCUUACCUCAAGGUCAGCAGAGGGACAUUGCAGCUUAAACCAACACAUGCCUAUUAUUGGCAAGUUCAGGGCCAGCUGCUAACUACAGGUAUGAGUUGGUGUGAUUUUGUAGUCUCCACUCAAGAAGAUGUCUUCAUACAAAGAAUACAGAGGGAUGAGGGUUUGAUGGAGACAAUGAAGCCUAAGAUAGAUAUGUUCUAUUUCCACGUGUACAUGGACAAAUACCUUGCAGUGUCAUAAAUGGGCAGCUUGUCAUUCCUGACUUUAAUGUCAUAAACUUACAUGGUGGGCAAAGGCCAUUGUAUUAUUUGCUUGUUUUUUUUGUUUUGAUCAUAAUAGAAAGCUGUUAAUAAAAGUAGGUUUGGUGAAGAGUUCACACAGACGAGUUUUGUGUUAGUAUUAAUAUCAGCAGUGUUUGUGUUCAAAACA